AUGGCUGUCGAUCAGAAUGAUGCCCUUGAUGCUAUCAACAAGAGCAAGUUUAAGGAUCUGCCUCCAAUACAGACUUCUUUCAAGGACAAACCUCUGCCGGCCAUAAAAGAGCCUCCCAAAGAUAGUGGGAGAGACACCCCUACCUCGAAUCGAACGGGACGUGCAUAUCGACGACUGAACCCAAAGUCUAGUCUGUUCAAUCUNUUCAGCAGACCAAGAGUCGAGAGACAGAAAGGAUUCAACGAGUCUGGAUAUGCUGUUACUCCCAUCAUUGAGCCUGGAAGAACUACACCAAGUCCGGAUCUGAUUCAACGCGUACCGUCACUUCCCUAUACGAAUGGGUCACACGCGUUGUAUCCUCGACCCAGCACUUCAUUGUCCAUUCACGAGGAUCGUCGAAACUUGGCCCGAAGCCGUACAACAACUUCUUCUGAUUAUGUCAGAGAACAGGACGAGACGCCCACCUUGCCCGCGCUAUUCGAUAUAUAUUCAGACUCGAGCAAGGUUACCAUCGCCCAAGCCAUUGACGAGUCUGGUCAAUCCCGCCUGACUAGGCCUCGAAAGUCGAACGCGUCACACAUCAUUCCUGCACACAUCCACGAAGAGAGAAGAGGCAGUGUCGAUAGUAUCAAAGGCGAACACAAAUCCUCAAGUAGGAGCGGCAGGAACUCUCUCGCUCAAGGACCGUUUCAGAGAAAGAUUUUUGCGCUUUCCAACGAUGGUAUCAUUCUCCAGUAUCCCGAGAAGGGUGGUGGUGAGAGACUACCAGAACGCGCUCUCCAGCUAAGUCCAGAGUCUGUCGCCUUUGCUUGCGAUCUGGUUCCCGGAAGACCUUAUGUUCUUCAAGUCGACCAGAAGUCGACGGCCAUCUCGGAACAACAUAUGGCCCCUUCUCAGACAUCACUCCUCACAAAAAUUGGACUCAAAGACAACCUCCCGCGUUUGGGCGAACACAGUAUACUCAUCAUUCUGGACACUGCUGAGGAGCUCACUUCUUGGAUGAAUGCAGUAAGAAAGCAAAUCCUUGUCCUAGGUGCUGUCAUGGGGGAUGGUCUCAAGCCAGAAGGCCCCGAGAAGCUAAGUACUACAGCCCCCAAGUUACGCGUCAAGCAACGCAUAUCCUUUUCCGAACAAGAACAGCCAGCUUUCACCAACUUCUCAUUCCCAACGACCAGUCCUGAGAGAGGCACUAUGGGCAGACUGAGACGUGAUUCGACUACUGCAGUCGCACCGACUACUCAGCCUGAAGUGACUGAACUGCACUCGUACUCGAGGCGAAACUCGAACGCGGCAAUCUCGCGCAAGUCUUUGCCAGACCAUGACAAUGUUGAAAGACUCAAGAAGAUGGCUUCUUUCGACACGAACGACUCGCCUCUGUCUGUCACUACUCAUGACUCUGCCGUCAGUUUCGGCAUGAGCGCAGGGAAGCGCAUGAUCCGUGACAAGAAUGCAUCGCAAAAGUCCUCGAUGGGUUCAUUGCGUGACGAGUUCGAUACCGACAGCCCUGUUCUCCCAAGAUCGGCGACGACCGGUCAACUUCAACGGCCAAAGCCCAAUCCCAUCAUUGGUAGACCUCGUCCGGAUUCUUUUGUUGCAGACAUGCCUUUACUUUGGCCAGCCCGCAAACCUUCUGAAGGAGUCACACAGUCCAAUGAUCAGCAAACGCCCUCGCCUCCAGUAAAGCGCUUACCAUUGAAAGUCAAUCCGUACUCCAACAGCAUGUCCCUACCUCGACAAAGACCCUUACAAUCACCCCAGCCAGCUCCUCCGCCUACAAGAGCAUUGCCGGCACUACCAGCAAUGCCGUCCAGACCUGUUGAGAAUUUCUCUCGCAAGCCUCAGCGCACACCCUCGUUCAAGCUGUCGCUCUUCCCUACCACUGACGUUGUGGCUACAUCGACUUUUGCUCCUACUUCUGACAAGACACUUCCGCCCUCAUCAGCUGAUGACAUGAAGAGAUCUCAAGAUCGUCCUCUUCGCCGACCAGCCAGCAUUCAAAUCCGUCCCAACCACGCUCCAUUUCUCUCUUCAAUUCGCCCCAAGACAGCUGUGAACCAACCUCAGCUCUCAAGGGCUGACUCAGUACCAUGCCUCAGGGACGAAAGUAUCCUACCUCGAGCCCCCUCGGUACAGAAGCCAUCCUCAUCACCUCCACCACCGCUCAACUUGGGUCUACCACCUCUUGAUCUGGGCAUGCCCAUCGUCGGUCUAGCGCCACCAGCACCGCCUCCCUCGCUUCCCCUACCCAAGCUGCCGCCUGGCGCUGCGCAGCAAAAGGCAUUAGCAGUUUGA